GUUGCAGACCAAGGUGAAUAUGUCUGGACAGUGUCUUGCAAAGAAGCAAAUGAUCAACUAGAUGCAUCAGUCAAGUGCUCUAUAUAAGUUCCGCCUCGCAUUGGAAUGUCAAGUACGAAGCUCGAAACAAACUUCACCAACCUCCCAGCCUCGAUCCCUCGGACACAAUUGCCAACUGUACAGUACCUGUAGACUGUAGUCAUCCGUAUCACAACACCAACACCAUGGGCAGCACUCCCAAGCCAGCCAACGCGAUGGACAAAAUGAGACUGUUGCGUCUCACAUACCGCGGCAAGCCAGACCUUCAUGAUGACUCGGAUUACAAAGCCCAGUUCAAGCGAGACAACCCAGCCCUCUACUACAAAUGGUUCAUGGACGACGAGCGGCAGAAUGUCAGAAAUGUCGGGUUUGCUCAGCCAAACAGCGUAAUCCACGAGGCCAUUCUCACCGACGACGCCGAACUCCUGACAUUCCUCAUGCAACUGGGCAACUUUGCCCGCGACAAGACCACCCGCAACGGCCGCAUGCUCUGGGCACAGGGAGGACAUGGUAUUGAAUUGCUUAUGAACCUGUGCAUCCGCUCCGGGGCUGCUGAGUGUCUGAAAUUCCUGAUGGACUGGACGGCCAAGCCGGGGAUUCCGUUUAAGUUUGAUGAGAAGAAGUUGUAUGAGCGAGCGAGGGACCUGGCGAUUAGUACAGACCCCGACAUCGAGCCACGGAUUGAGUGCUUAUUGCUCCUGGACUCGUUGAAGCCAGGGAACCGGGCAGCGAAUGCCAAAGCGGACGGUCUGUACGGGACUCUCCUCUCGCGGGCCUGGUCGCCGGGUGCCGUGAUGCAGCUUGCCGACUUGCUGCCGCCUGACACAGAUUUCAUGCCUUUCGUGCUAGCGAACUGCAGGAUUCGGAUGCGCCAGCCCGAGAUCAUCCGGGUGCUUCUGAACAAGAUUGACCGGAAGCUCUGGAACUCCCUCGUCAUGUAUAAGGGGAGGCUUGCCACGCCCAUGUCCAUGGCUGCUGAGGGACUGCAUGUCAAUGUGAUGACCAUGCUGCUCAGAAAGGGCGUCCAGCCGUUUGAGCACCACAUGGCUGAGGGGCUGAUCUCGGCGGGGUGCAAUCCGUUGUUUGCCGUGGUCAAUCAGGAGUUGCCGGGCAAGCCUGAGAUUCAGCUCCCGGGUGGUCGUGAGGUUGAAGACGAGACCAUGCGCAAACAGCUCCUCCGACAAUGGAAGUCCCGUGUGAAACCCCACGCCUCACUGAUGCGCACAGCCGUCGCCAUGCUCGUCGACGCCGCCAAGGUCGAUUUCACCUCCCACCCGCACCCACACCCUGCACGAGAGGACGAACUAACCGAAAUGCUCGACAUCGCCGCGAUAAGCUACAUCCACACCCUCCGCAACUUCCUGCUCCGCAACCUCCCCUGGCAACUGCCCGCAGAGCAAGCCUCCAAACUGCUUGUCCCAGUCUCCGACCCGCUGCGUAGAACCACAGUGUGGGAGGCACAGAACCCAAUCGAGCCUGGACUUCCGACUCGCGGACUGCCGCCGACGGUUACCUGGCGCAAGGGUUUGUCGAGCGGGAGGUUGCUGAGGGAGAUGCUGGCUGAGUAUGGGGUGGAGUUGCAGCCAGAGUUUAUCGAUAUCUGGCAUAUCCUCGCGUCGGCGAAUGUGGUGGAUGAGGCGGAGAGAUGGCUUCAGGUGGGCUCGGACCGUCACUCGGAGGGCAUGCCGACUGAUACCAGAACGCAGAAAGGGAAGCAGACGGGAUCGUGGAGCUCGCUGGAUUGUUUGUAUGAUCUGAUCGUUGCUGCUGAUCGGCUGCCACAGACAAACAUGCCGUUGCCAAGUGAAGGGGAAGCCACUGACGCAGAGCAAGAUGUGGUGGCUCCUGCCCCUGAACAGCUCUCUGCCCAUACCACUGAGCAGCUCUCUGUCGUCGACGCCGCCGAAGUGGCCGAUGGUGAAGAGAGCACGUCCGAGGACGACAAAGAGUGAGUCAUAUUGAUGUUCUCGUCCAGUUUUCACUGCCCCCAAGAUUGCUCGCUAACGGACUUUGAUCAGUGACUCGGAUAGUAUUGACCAA